ACAGUAGAGCGGAGAGUCCGGACGCACUGGACACACCGUGAGCUGUCGCUGCUGGAGCCCACCGAAUAAACCGCAAUUACUCACCAAGCACCCGGCCAAUUAGCGGAACUCUGCUGGAAUUAUUGAUCGGAAAACUUUGAACCACACCAGAACUCAGCGGUCCGGACACCCAGAGCUCGGAUCCACGCUGCCAGGCCCGGAGCGGGGCCCCCCCGAUGUGUGGAUGCGUGUGUGAGUGCCUUUAAAAGCGUGUGUCUGUAGACUGCCGACAUGAGGGCCGUCACCGCUCUGGUCUGUCUCCUGAUGGUCGCCGAGGUCGGAGCCUCUCGGUUCGCCCGCGACGCCCAGGAUGGCCUCGCGGCUUCCGAGCCAUCCACGAGCAAUGCCUCCGUCCCGCUGCCGGCGCUGCAGCCGGGUCGGCCGCGGGGCUCCUUCCCCCCCAUGUGCAUAAAGCCCACGGAGAUCAAGUACGCCUUCAAGUACGUCAACACCAUCGUGUCCUGCCUGAUCUUUGUGGUGGGCAUCAUCGGCAACUCAACUCUGCUCAGGAUCAUUUAUGAGAACAAGUGCAUGAGGAAUGGACCCAACGUCCUGAUCGGCAGCCUGGCUCUGGGGGACCUGCUCUAUAUCAUCAUCGCCAUCCCCAUCAAUGUGUUUAAGCUAAUAGCCGAGGACUGGCCGUUCGGCGUGUACAUCUGUAAGCUGAUGCCGUUCAUCCAGAAAGCUUCAGUGGGAAUCACCGUCCUCAGCCUGUGUGCUCUCAGUAUUGACCGCUACCACGCAGUGACGUCGUGGAGCAGGGUGAAGGGGAUGGGCAUCCCUCUGUGGAAAGCGGUGGAGGUGACUCUGAUCUGGCUGGUUGCCGUGAUGCUCGCGGUCCCCGAGGCGCUGGCAUUCGACAUGCUGGAAAUGCCGUACAGAGGCAACAAGCUGCGCGUGUGUCUGCUCCAUCCGGAACAGACAACCAGCUUUAUGAAGUUCUACCAGGAUGUGAAAGACUGGUGGCUGUUCGGCUUCUAUUUCUGCCUUCCGCUGGCCUGCACAGGAAUCUUUUACACACUGAUGUCGUGCGAGAUGCUCAGUCGCAAGAAGGGCAUGCGCAUCGCACUCAACGACCACAUGAAACAGCGGAGGGAAGUAGCAAAGACGGUGUUCUGCCUGGUGUUGAUUUUCGCUCUCUGCUGGCUGCCCCUUCAUCUCAGCCGUAUUCUGAAGAAAACAAUCUAUGACCAAAACGACCCUAACCGCUGUGAACUGCUCAGCUUCCUGUUAGUGAUGGAUUACAUCGGCAUCAACAUGGCCUCCCUAAACUCCUGCAUUAACCCGAUUGCCCUCUACUUUGUCAGCCAGAAGUUUAAAAACUGCUUCCAGUCUUGCCUGUGCUGCUGGUGCUACAGAACGUCUCCACUGGACGAACGGGGUUCAGGAGGACGCUGGAAGGGCUCCUGUCAUGGGAACGGACUGGACCGCUCCAGCUCCCGCUCCAGUCAGAAAUACACCAGCUCUUCAUAAACACAUAAACACACACACACACACACACACACAACUCUUCUGUCAUACACCACACGUUCCAAUCAGCUCCCACCAACGAGAAACAGCUGCCGAUGCCCAACCGACCAGUGAGGAGAGAGAAAACGGAGCGAGGUGGAAGUCACUUCUACGGGACUCACAACAGACUGAAAAACCAAAAAGGUUUUGGAUGGAGCCAAACUGAUGAAUGAAGCAACAGGACUGUACCUGUUGUAGGCCGCCAUACCAACUGCAAAAAACAACGUAUGAUGAAUACGUUCAUGCUCCCGAACACUGAGACUUGUGCAGAGGACUGAACGUGUUCUCAGUGGACCAACACGAUCCACACAUUUAUAAAGAAGGUUUAACGCCACAUGUAAAUAUAUGUACAGGAUUAUUUACGAGCAGACUGCAGACCCAUGAUUAUACUGUACCUAGCCAACGUAUAAAACCGUUUCCGGUAAGUUCUACCUGUUGAGGCUUUCGAUACCUCACAGGGAAAGAGAGGGGAACUGUGAUCCUGAGUUGUGUUCCCAAAGGUCUUUUUUUUUUUUUGUUUUAUUUUUAUAAAAAUGCACGACUGCGCCUCGGCAUAUAAACACAAAAGCUAAAAAUCCCACAAUCAACUGCAUGCUGUCGCUGAGCUCCCCGACAUCCCAUGUGCCCCGGUGACAUGAAAUGGGGCCCACUGUCACGUUGAGAACCAAUCAUCGAAAAUCUUUUAUCUGGAAAUCAUCGCCGCUCGGAGUCAUGUGGAGGCCAACUGUUGUCCUGGAACUCUGAAAAACAGCAGAUGAUUCCAGUCAUGCUGCACAGAGGAGAUCCUUUAUCAGUGCUUUCAUUCUCGCAGCGUUUGUCCCACUGUGUGAGACUUAACCUCUCCUACAAUGAAGCUUUUCUAUUUUUCUACAAAGUAAAUCACAAAAGAUGUGAAGCCUGUUUAAUCUCCCAGCAUGAGGUGUCCAUUUGUUGUUUCCAAAUAUUUCCCCUCCAGUGGUCAUGUUGCAAACAUUUUCCAUGUGGCCGGAGAAUGUCUUCUGAGAGCAGCUGGCGGGGAAAUCGCUCCAAAUAUUGACCAAUUUGUGUAUUAAGAUGCGAGCUGUUUUAUUGGGGAUUACAUUUAUAUAACUUUGUAAUGGUCAUAGAAAAUACUUAGAUAUACUAGUUGCUUCCUUUUAAAUGUAAUCGAGGUAAAUGUUUUCUCUUGCAAAACCAAAUCUGUGCUGAGAAACCGGACACGGUGCUUGUCCACACUGAAGUAGAUUUGAUUUAUGUCGUAUGUUCGGACAGAGUAUUUCCAUUUCCGCUGUAAAAGAGUGAACUGGCUGAUGAUGCGGUAUGCGACCCAUUAGGUCGUCAUAUGUAUUUAUAUGGAUAUGUAUUUCUCCCUGUUUUUAGAUACAUCUAGAGGCGACUGUGUACUGGAAAGUGGGACCAAGCUAAGACUUUUAUAAGUAAUUUUAGGUUUGAAGAUCAAAUGCAAUGUGAAUAUUGGCCCUGGUGUUUUAAAUCCCAUUUAUACUUAUUUGUUGAGAGUAUGCUGUAAUAAAUAUUAUUUUAUAGCA